AUGGAUGACAUCGUUUCUACUCUUCAACAAUUAAACGAAAAAAACGUACUUGGAAAAAUACCCGUCUACACUACUUCAACAUUUAAUUUUCCAUUACCAACGGCCCCGCCGUCGCUGUCUUCAUCUGAUUUAUUAUCGGAAAAUGAGCAUAUGUUAGUAACAAAGCUAUUUGAUAAGGUGCGAGAAACUCUGCAUGAACAACAGGCUGAUUCUAAUUUAAAUUGUUCACUCCAGCGCAAUCUGCCUCAAAUUGCCACGGAACAUUCUAAAAAAAUUAGGAAUAAGAUUCUCAAAACAAAGAUUUCACAGAGAUUAAAAACUAUUGGCAAAUCAGCUGUCAAAGAUGUUGAUUUUGUAGCAAAAAAACAACUUAUAAGAAAUAAAAUUUUUCACAUCAGCAACGCCGCAGACAACCCAUCAGCAGGUGAAAUUCAAAAUUUAGAUCGUAAACACCCGUAA